AGGAGAAGGCAAAGGAAUCCAAGUUGUCCAAGCUCCUAACAGUGUUUCCAGAUGCAGCUGGGAGAGAUGUAUUCACCUCAACUUGUUUUGACUCAACAAAAAAACACCACGACGUAUUCCACGGAGCGCUCGGAGCACUUUAAGCCAUGCAAAGACAAGGACCUGGCAUAUUGUCUCAACGAGGGGGAAUGCUUUGUGAUCGAAACCUUAACAGGAUCCCACAAACACUGCCGGUGCAAAGAGGGCUACCAAGGAGUCCGCUGUGACCAAUUUUUGCCGAAAACCGACUCAAUCUUGUCAGAUCCAACAGACCAUUUAGGAAUUGAAUUCAUGGAGAGCGAGGAGGUGUACCAGCGCCAGGUGCUGUCCAUCGCCUGCAUCGUCUUCGGCAUCGUCGUGGUGGGCAUGCUGUGUGCAGCCUUCUACUUCAAAACAAAGAAGCAAACCAAGCAGAUCCACGAACAGCUGAAAGAAACUCAGAAUAGGAAAACCUACAGCCUAAAUGCUUCCAGCAUGUUGGCAAAGUCAGAGUGUAUGGCACAAAGCCAAGUCCAGCUGCAAAAUUAUUCAAAGCCUGAUAGGCACCCGGGGCCCAUUCUGCACAAAGUUAUGGAGUCUAGUUUUUCAGGCACCCAGUCUUUCCCAGAGGCCUUGUCUCCUGACAGAGGAACCGAGCCCAUCAAGCACCACAGAAGUCUCUCUUCAUGCUGCAGCCCAGGACAGAGAAGUGGGAUGCUCCACAGAAAUGCCUUUCGGAGGACUCCUCCCUUGCCUCGGGGUAGGUUCAAUGGGAUUGCAGGACCAGCAUAUCAGCAGCUCCAGGAGUCCAGGAUCACCGACCAGGACACCAUACCUUGUCACGGGUAUUCAUCCAGUGGUUUAAAAACUCCUCAGAAUCCUUCAAUAAAUAUGCAACUGCCUUCAAGAGAGACAACCCCAUAUUUUAAUAACGUGGAUCAGAAGGACUUGGUCAGCUAUUCCUCUUCAAGGGCCAACUCCGUUCCCAUCAUCCCAUCUGUGGGCUUGGACGAAGCCUGCAUGCAAAUGCAAAAUGUUCCUGAAGUAACAGGCAUCAAAUGGUGCAAAAACUCCUAUUCUGCUGAACUUGUCAACGUGAGUUCCCCAGUCAGUAAUUGUCUAAUAGCAGAACAACACGAGGUGAAAAUCUUGCUGGAAACUGUGCAGGAGCAGAUCCGGAUGCUGACGGACGCGCGGCGGGCGGAGGACGCGGAGCUGGCGAGCGCGGAGGCGCGGGGCGGCGCGAGCGAGAACACGGCCUUCCUGCCCAUGAGCCCCACGGCCAAGGCAGAGCGAGAGGCACACUUUGUCCUCAAAAGUGACACGCAGAGAGACUCGGUACUGACCAAGUGACUCCGUCUGGGGGCUGCGGGAGGGGAAACGAGAGGUCCGUGCGUUCGACGCUUUGCUAAACAGGAAGGGAGGAAGUUAAAUACAAAUUAUUUAUAUGCAUUAAUUUAAGAGCAUCUACUUAGAAGAAACCAAAUAGUCAAUCGCCCUCAUAUCAUAGUGUUUUUUAACAAAAUAUUUUUUUAAGGGAAAAGUUCCAGGAGGGAUGAAGCGUGCUUUUAGAUGCUUUCUAGGCAGGAUUACACAGUUCCAGUUCCAGAGGACUUUUCCGUGGUCCUGUUCGGCUGUCCAAAGGCUUAGGCUAUGCAUCUCCUUUUCAGUAAAGGCCAAGUACCGUCCUUAGAUGCAUUUCUGGUUUCAGGGCAGCGCUGCAGUGAGCUGCUGGGCAGGGAUUCAGACCCUGGAGAACAUGUCCUGUAAGCCCAACACAGAUCCAGCCCCCUCUCCCCCUCUGCUCUUGAUUCCAGGUUCACAUCACGAGAACAGGCUCACAGACACCUGGUUCUGAGUUCUGGUACCUGCUGUGGAAUGAUGACAACAUCCCUGAAUUGAGCAGAUGCUUAACUCUCAACCUUAAUUCAAUGUGUCAGUUGCCCCAAGAAAGUCAGUGGAAUCAUUUAUGAGCUUUGGGAUUGGCCAAGAGUGGGAGCAGGAUUGAGGUCUAUAGAGAUUCAGUGAGUCCACAGCUGCUCCAUCUUCUGAGCUUUGCCUAUCAGAGCUGCCUUGGUGGAGAAUGAGGAAGAACGAGAGAAAAUGUAUGUGUGUAUUACAACAGGUUUGGUUUUGGUUUCUGGUAUGGGUUUUUUUAAGUGGAAACAUAAACUCUGUUGUUCAUUAGCACCCCUCAACAUUUCUAAACUUUUACACUUCAAAAGCAUUUGUAAGCUCUCAAGGAGCACUUCUUGGUGUGUGUGUAUUUUUUUUUUAACUUAUUUUUUAUUAUGGCUUGUUCAGAGAAGAGUCAGGGAGAUCCACUAUGAUCAAAAUCCAGCCAAUAAGUGUCCACGCUGCCUAAUUUGUUCCAGCAUUCAGUUCUCCAGUCACUUUAAUUAAUUAUGGCUUAGGCUUGUGAACUUUAAAGCUUCAACCCUGCAGAUGGUUCAGUAUGGGCAGGCCCACAGGCAUGCAGAGAUCUGACUCUGAUGGAGCUUUCUAAGAGCAGAUGGUUCCACCAAGUCGCUCCCUGCAGGGGAUCAAGGCCUUAGAGACGAUGCGUCAUUCCCUGGUUGCUGCAUCCUAAUCACAUUGUAAGUCCUUUGUGCAUUAGCUUUCUUUUCAGUCCCUCUUCCCCCAUAAAUUGUAACAGAAUGUGCCAAUUUUGCAAUUAAUUGGAUUCAGGGACACACCUUACUGGGUUUACUGUCUUAAAAUAUCUCGUUAUUCUCGGGGUGGGGGGAAGUCCACUAUAAUAAUCACUAAAUAGCCUUCCCUGGUUAGUGCCAGGAGAUUGAUUAAAAAAAAAAGAGUAUAUACAGAAUGCAUUAAAAUAUUCCUUUGAAGCAAAAUAAUUGUUAGAUUUAUUAAUGUGCCCCAGACUUUCUAGUUCACAAGUCUCAAGACUUCCCAAAAUAGCACAGUCAAUCCUGCAGUGCUGUUGUAUGUUGAGUCAGAAUAAAGCAAUAUCUUAACCUCUGUCAAGUAAAUUUGGAAAAGAAAUGCUGAAGGUGUAUGUCAUUUUUUUUUGUUGAUGCAGUAAAAAAUAUUAUUUUUGGUAGUCUUCAUUCAGCAAGUCUUAUUUUGGGUUGCUUUUGUGGUUUUGGGGGUACUUUUAAAGAUAAAGUUGAUGAAAUUGUCCUGUUUACAGAAUUUUCUAUGGCUGCAAUCUUUGCUGUGUGUUUUCAACAGAAAUGUAUUUGAGGGCAAGCUAUUGUUUUAUGCCCCAGGAUGGAGUGUGAGGUGUUCAGACUCCCUUCUGCAAAGACAGAGCUUUUGUUGUAGCAGUGAGGGAGGGUCCCUGUGGGGUUUGGGCUCACCCUGACAUUUCCCUGCCAUAUGUGGUGGCUGGGCAGAAUCUCACUGUGCAUGAGCUGAGCUGGCUGUGGUGGGCAUGGCCCCGAGCCCACACCAGAUAAACCCUCUGAAAGGCAGGGUGCAUUAGGUGGGGCUCAGCUUUGCACCCCUACAGUCAUUGGACCUUUCUGUCCACACCACUUGCAUCCCCCAUCCAGGACAUGAGCAAAGGGAGCUUGCCUUUGCCCAUAAGCCCUGUGAACAUACCUGAAUUUUCCCAUUAUAUGAAAACUGGGUGCUAUAUAAACCUCUGGUUCAACAAUUUUCAAGUGGUGAUCACAAUUAAUGAAUAGUUCACCAUUAAUUUCUUUGAGAUUAUCUUUCUGCAAUACAGUGCAGAAUCCUGCCCAAACUGGUGCUUGAAAAUUCAAUCUUUUCAAUUCAGAUGCAAGAUCUUCCCUCCCCCAAACUCUGCAAAUUCACCUCUGGCAACAUAAUGGGAACACACAGCAAGAUUUCAGCUGAAGAAAGAACCGUAUCAUAGGCCAUGCCUUUAGGGAGAGAAUGUGUUCAUGCAGCACCCCCAAAAGACCCAGAAAGGGGAGAUGAGCAAUGUAUUUAAGCGAAUGAAAUGUUUCACUGAAUGAUAGCUGAAGAUCUGAAAUGGUGAGAAUAUCUUUGGUUGAUGUUAGAGAUACAAUCUUGUACUCAGCAAAGGAUGUGUGACUGUUAUAUGUUAACUGUUCUAUUCAGUUCUCAGCAUGUUUGAAUAGAGAGACGUUAAUAUUAACCAAUGACAGACUAGUGUAUUAUUUGUUCAGAGCAUCGCUUCAGAUCUUACUGAAACUGUCAUUGUUUGCAGAGGAAAACAAAAAGGGUUGAAAACAUCCAACUAGGUAGCCUUAAUGUUGUUUCUAAUGCAACUAUGGUUUUCUAAUGCAACUGUUUUCCUCUGUGGACCUUCCUGUUUUACAGUGAAUGGGGCAACAUUUUCUCUGAGGUCUGACAAUUGAUUGUGCAAAGCAUCCAUUUGAAAGUCGUACUAAAACGGCCAAUGUGGUAGGCCAAAUUUUGCUUUGCUUCUGGUCCCACUGAACUGGUGGAUUGGAAGGGAUGCAAGUCAUUGAGAAAUGCAAUUAAUUCCUAAAGUACAUCUGUUCCCAGCCUUGGAGACAGUCUGUAAUCCCCCUGGAAGAGGCUCUGAACUCAGUCGUUUACGUGGAUCAUAAUUAAAAAUUUUAUCUGACCUAUGAAGUUCCAGGUGUAGUCUGGUGUGGAAAUUUGCACACAUAGCAUUGCAUUCAAACAAACUGGGAGAGCAGCUGACUAAAUAAAUUGAACUUUCUCUGAACUAAGCAGAGAGAAAGUCUGUGUCUCCAGCACAGCACCAUGGAGAAUUGUGAGAGGUAUAUAUCCUGAUCUUUUUUUAAAAAAUUAUUUCUGUUUAGAAUUUCUUCAAAAACCAUCCAAAAUAACACUAAAAAAAAAUUAAAACCAGUAGAACAAUCCCAGCAUUUGAAAUAGGAGAUGUGGGUAAGUAUGGGCACAUUUGUAGUGUUUAUAAUUGAAAAAACUCUUCCGUACCCCAAGGCCCAAAGCUGGAAUGUUGUCAUUUCUUCAGGCACAUGUUUAGAUCAACAAAUGGUUCUGUGGAACACGAGCCCUUCAGAAUGCAUUUGGUCCCUGGCCAUGCUCUCAGCUGCUGUGGUCAGUGCAGCAAUGGCAGCAUCUGUUAACAGAGGAUCACAUCCCAAAUCCGUGCUGCUUGAUGCCCACAAAGCUUAGUAGUCUCCCCUGUGAUGUCAGCACUGCUGCACAAAAGGAUUUAUUUUGCCUUUGAGCAUCCCAGCAGAGCGUGAGCCCUCUCAGCUCCUUGGCUGGGGUGAUAGGGUUGGGUUGCCAGCUCCAUCUGGCACAGGCUGAGUGUCCCUGGCCAGGCUCAGCAGCAGUGAACUUGGGAUUGGUGUGGCUGAUCCCAAAGCCACUCAGCAGCACCCUUCAAGUUUAAAUUUUGAAACAAACAAUGAGUUGAUGGCAUGUGCUUAUGACCAAGCAUGUGCUCAAUAUGCUUCCAAAUUGAAAUGGUAGCAAUUAAUUCACACCUACUUACUUCUCAUGUAAGUAGGGAGAAAAUCUGGAUUCCUUUUCCCAAUUUAUCCCCAGGUUCCUGUAGUCCUCUUUUGGAUGUUACUUGAACAUUUCUUACUCUUAUAAGAAAUUCUGAAAAUUAAUACCAAAGAACUCUGAAAGACUCCUACCUGCAGUAAAUAAAUUUGAGGCUUGAAGGAGCAGACCUGGAAUAAAAACUGUGUUUGAAAGUGGUAUUAAUAUCAAUUGCCUUUCAAUAAAAUGAAAUUUCCCAGUAAACUCCUUACCCCUUAGGAAAACAAUGAGCUUAUAAAGGGAUUUAUUAUCUUGCCAUGAAUUUAAAAUAUUUAUCUUCAAGAAGAUUGGGAAACAGCAAAUAUUUAGUAUAGAUUUUUCAGCUUUUUGAGAUUUUUUUUGUUUUUAUUUUAUUUCAGCAGCCUAACAGGUCAAUGAACCCAUUAUCUGUAUUGUCUGACACAUAAUCAUAAAGUCUCCUCUUUUGUGGUCCAAAAGCUGCAAUGAUAGAUUUCCUUAAAGAGAUCAAGAUUUUAUCUAAUUUUAUUUUUAAAUUGUUCAUAGAAUAAUACAGUUAUUUAUCUUGCUGAAAAUAUAAAGUGAUGCAAACUUUUUUUGGUUUUGUACUGCAUUAUUGCUGAAUUCACAGCCAGAUUGUGCUUCCUCUGUUUUGAGGUCUACUUACAGGAAACAACUGACACCCAGUUUUCUGGUUUAGACUUGAUGUGGGAAUUAGUAAAGGUAAGAAGGUUUUUAGAAAGUUGAGAAAGUCAGUUUUAGAAAUAGAAAGUGAAAAGGGAAAAGAGCCAACACAACUUGGCGCUUCCAAAUAGUGGUAUCAGGCAGGAUUUCUGUAUUUUCCGUAGGAAAGUUCAAACAUGAUAUAGAGAUCAAAAAGCUACAACAGCAGUAAAAUUACUAAUAAAGUAGGCCUGUGUUUGGUUUGGUGGGUCAUUUUUUCAUUUUUAUUCCAUGGUAGUCAGCGGGUUGUUCCUUGGGAAUUGAUAGUCUCUUGUAAGAAAUACAGAAUUUAUUGGAGACAGUGGAAAGUCAUCACUAUAGCCCAGAACUAGAAAAGCCACAGUGGAGGAGGAAAGAGUCAUCCGGUGUCUGCUGCAGAGGAUGAGACUGCUUUCAUCUUAACAGUAAAAACCAGUGCAGUUGUUUACUGUUGAAAGCUUCACCUGCUAGGAAAGGUAAAUUGUCUGAAUUUAUUAAUGACCGCAGUGGUAGUGUUUGAUUAAUGGAAAACGGGCAGAAAUUUCCAUUUUUUUCCUGCUUGCCUUGUCCCUUGGAACGAAUCUAAUUAUGUUUUAGUUCUGUAUUAUUAAAGCACUGUUUCCAGUGCUUCAGAGACAGAGUGCUCACGCCUCACUGACAGCAUGCACUACUCUUCCUUGCUUGAAAAGAUUUAGCAGUUUGCUCUUUGAUCAACACUCCUGUAAACAAGGAGUGAUUUUUCUAAUACCCCACAAGGCUGUUCUUGUGCAAGUUUUCCCAGAUAAAUAAUAAAAAUGCAGCAAGACCACCUACAAUUCUAUUUUUUUUCUUUGUAAUAUAAGAAACUAUAUAUAAUACUUGACAGCUAUAAUUGAGAAGGGUUAUUGAUGACUGAAGUAUGUAAAUAAACUAUAGGAUAUAAUGUAUGUCAGCAGCAUGGAAAUCCUGUAUUUGUCCCAUAGCUUUUAAUAACCCAUUCUCUUCACACCAUCAGCAGAGCUACAUGCAGUUUAUCAUUUGCUUUCCUUGAGGGGACCAUGCUCUGUACCACAUCACUGCAGUGACUGGGCACUGAGGUACCCCUGUCCUUAUUUCUUGCAAUGCAAGAGCCACUUCUGUACUGUCCAUGCCUGCUUUGGUCUAAAUUCACUGAAUUAGUAACCAUUCAGCUUCUUCAUUCACAUUUGGUUUUACCUUGCACUCAGACUCAAGAGUAUCAGCCUGACAUUUGGGACCCUGAAUACAUUUAAGGCAUUAAACAUUUUAAUGCACUUAACAUUUGUCUGCUUUGGUUUGACCUGAGGGGAAACCUCUCCCUUGAAGAAGGAUUUAUGCAGCCUGUGCUGUAAGGUACUUUCCUGCCAUUCCUUCAAGGAAUAUGGAACAAGAGCUCCCAGUUCGGUAAAUAUUUGGAAACAAAAAAUUACAAAUAAUAAUAGAGGAAUAUAAAAGAAUACUACUAAUGAUUAAUAUUCUAAAAUAAACAAUAGUUCCUUGCCUUCUCUGGAAUACGCAAUAGUAGUUAAAGUUUAUCAAGAUGCAUCAGAGACAUGAAGAAGUGAGGCUGGUUUGUAAGUCAUAUGUAUUUUCUCAGGAAACCCAGGCUUGGAGUUUCCUUUGCUUACAUUGAGAUAAUUCUUUCAUAGCAUGAAAUUCGCUCCUGUAUAUUGCAUACCUCAGCAGGAGCAGGACAGAAACACAGUACAGGCUUCACUUUGGCUUUCUGACUCAAGUUAAA